UUAUCCCACUAUCACCUACAGAGGUUUUGAAGGGAAAUUAGGGUUUUACAAUCGUGAAGGAUAUUCAAAAUAAGAAGAGGUGAGCUUUGUGAAUUGAUCUGUAUUGAAUUUUAUUCUGAAAAUGUUCAAUUUCAUGGCGAAUAUGCUUCCUCAUCUGAGGUAUUCAGUUAAUAGAUAUUCCCCGAUUCAGAGGUUCUACUUUCUUCACUUCGCCCCACUUUCCUCAUCAUCAAAAGCAGUAAAAUCCAACCCAGAAAAUGCAAAGAAUGGCGACUCAUUCACAGUUUCUUAUCUCAUAAACAAAUGUAGGUUUACCCCAGAGAAGGCUCUGUCAGCUUCCAAUUAUAUGAAGAUUGAAGAGGCUGGUAGACCAGAUGCUGUGCUUUUGUUCUUGAAAAAUCAAGGUUUUACAAAAUCCCAGAUCUCAAAUAUUGUCAAGAGGUACCCUCCUGUCCUCCUAUGUGAUCCCCAGAAGACCCUUUUGCCCAAGAUUGAAUUUUUGAAGUCCUUUGGUUUCACACUGGAACAGUUGACCGCAAUUCUAAAUGCCUCACCCAGCGCUUUCGGAAGAAGUUUGGAGAAUCAACUGGUACCUACUUUUAAUUUCCUGAAUAAUUUUAUUGGUUCAACAGAGAAAAUUGUAUGCGUUGCCAGGAGGUGUACUCGCAUUUUUGGUGUUGAUGUUGAAGCAUCUAUGGGGCCAAAUAUUCAGCUUUUGAAAGAUGUAGGAGUGCCCGAAUCGAAAAUUAUACAAUUAUUGAUAGAUCAGCCCAGGGCAUUUGUUAUAGAUAAGAAAAAGUUUAGGGAUAUUGUUGAGGAAGUCCAAGGAAUGGGGUUUAACCCAUUGAGAUACAACUUUCUUCUAGCAGUUAAUGCCUUCAGGGCAAUGAGCAAAGAGACUUGGGAAAAGAAGAUGGAGGCUUAUAAGAAGUGUGGAUUUUCUGAAGCUGAGAUAUUCAAAGCUUUUAAGGAGAACCCUCGGUGUCUAGUGGUUUCUGCAGAAAAGAUUGUUGCAAUAAUGGAUUUUCUUUUCAACAAAAUGGGUUUUGAAAGAUCUGUGUUCCGGAAUAGGCCAGUGAUCAUUACACAUAGCUUGGAGAAAAGGGUUAUUCCUAGAUGCUUGGUUUAUCAAGAUCUGCUAGCAAAAGGUUUGAUCAAUGACGGUUUAAGCCUAGCUAGAGUGGUCGAGGCUCCUGAAAAGAAGUUUCUGGAGAAAUAUAUAGCGUGCCAUGAAAAAGAAGCUCCUCAUCUAUUGAAGUUGUAUACAGAAAAAUUGGCUCUUCUCCAUUGAUCCUUACCUGCAUAUGAUGAGAGAGCCCCCCCACCCCCGGCUACUCUUUUACCUUCCAAGGUGUACAUUUCACCCUUUUUGCCUAGAAUGUUGGUUGUGAAUGAUUGACAUUUAGGUUUUCACACACCCAAGAUGUAACUGAAGUGACUCAAUUUAAUUAAAUGGCUUCUUUCUUGCCAACAAUUCAUUACAUGUGUUUAAAUCAAUUGCCUCCAAAGGUAAGUUGGUUUUCCUC